ACCGUGUAACGAUGCAAGCCUCUAUGUAUAUCGUAUGUGUACUAUUUGUGUGUGCAAAUGGGAAAAUUGACAGCGACACUGCAGAAUCAGGAGACAAUGACAGUGGAGACAAUAACACAAGAGCAUCGGAAGCGAAAUUUUUCGAUGACAUUGAUGACAGCGAGGAACAUAUCGGCGCGUCCGUCACACAAGUGAACAGACAUCCCUACGCCGCGUCACUCCUUAACAAUAACACCUACGUGUGCAGCUCCGUCAUUCUGAACACCUACUGGACACUUACACUUUCCAAGUGCUUUGAUCCGAUCGUAAUAUCAUCGUACGUGAGUCACAAGUAUCUGGGUAAUUACAGUUUACGAGUCGGCAGUAAUUACAACAACAAAGCUGGGACAAUCUUUCAGAUAAAACUACUCUUCAACAACUUUGAUUUAAAAGUAUCUGCUGUAAAACUAACCGCCCCACUAUCGUUCAACGCGUUUGUACACUCCGUCAACCUACCGGCAGUAACUGAUGAUGUGUCUCUGGGAAGACUAUCUACCAUCAUAGCUUGGACGCCAACUGGACAUAUACGUGUGGUGAACGCGCCUGUAAUAGAAGCAACAAUAUGCGAACUGUCCACCAAACUUCUACCAGGGCACUACGUUUGUAUUGGAGGUGUACAAGAUCCUAAUCGACACUUCUGCAGGAAAGACAACGGUGGCGCGGUGAUACAGAACAAUACUCUCAUAGCCGUCUCAUCGUUUCUGCACACUUGCGCCAUUUACACCAAGACCCACGCCUUCCCCAAAGCGUCCAGCUUCGCAAGAUGGCUCGACGGUGUCAUAUGGGACGAGAACAACCGUCCCACAACCCAAACUAUAGCACCAACAACAGAAACAAUCGAAACAGAGCCAGUUACAAACUCCACACAACCAGCAGAUCGAACUCCUUACUACAACGAUCCCGGAAAGUUCUUGCUUACCUUACCGUAUGCUCCUGUCAACGUACCUUUAGAACCAGCUGAAGACAACUCUGUGAUACCUAGAAUGAGCCUGUAUGAGUCUUAUCUGCAGAACUUUAUGAAGGCGAAGACAUCGACUACUCAGGGUACUUUGGAUGACGAGAAGAAAGCUUGGUUUGAGAAGUUUGGUAAAUCUAUGCUUAUGAAGCAGAUGUAUCCAAGGGAUUAUUAUCAAUAUACGUAGUUAAUAGUUACAUUGUAUUAUAAUUUACCAUAAGCAGUAUAAGUAUUUAAGAUUCUUGAUAAUAUUCCGUAUGUUCACAUAUAAGCACAUUGAGGAAGUUUCUAGAAUCUGCGACAAUCAUUAUGUUAACACGAGGAACAGAUAUAAACUUGUUAUGCUUACUACUCGGUUAAGUCGAGUUAGUAUGUUUUUAUUGGGCAAUGAAUAUGCUUUUACAAUAUGAUCCCAGAAAAUGUACAAAAAUAAAUGCCGAAAUAUAAAAGAAUAGUAAAAAACGUUUCUGUGGUAUUUGAGUUUCUCAAUCAUAACCACAGACUGGGAAUUGAAGCGAACACCCUCAGACUCCAAUUAUAAAUAUUUAUUUACAUGCAACUAUUUAUUCAAGCAAAACAAAUCUUAUAAUUAUAUUUACAAUACUAUGACUACAUAAAAUUAAAACUAUCAAUACGUGGAAGGGUACCAAGAAUACUGGCAGCAUUUCGGCAUUGGAUAGCUAGGCUGAUCCGUUGACCGAGAUAGCUGCCAGCGCUUGGGUUUCCAGUAGCCUUAUUGAGGCGCGAAGAUAGUAUUUUGAACAUUCUCCGCGCCUCUGGGCCCCACGGGACAAUUGUCUCGACACCUUAAAUUAAUUAAAUAUUUAUUGUACGAUAUAACAUUGUCAUCCAUAUUUUUAUAUAUAAAAAUACCGCUGAAUUUCUUACACCCGUUCUUCUCAGGUCUGAGGCAGUUAAUUUUGAAUGGGUGGUAGUUUUUCACGUUUAAUAAGUAAUCACAAAUCCUAUUUUGAAUAAUGUAUUUGAAUUUGAAUUAAACUUUUUCUUUAAAUCUUGCAUAUUAGGCACCAUAUUAUCUACAGUUUGCCUCGCUGUGACUUAAUGAGCAUCUUUCUACAAACAUAUUUAUUUAUUCUAAUUUCUCAAUUCACUAUACAAUUGUUUUCUCAACACGUUCAAAUUAACAUUCUCGUAUGAUGGUAAAAGCUCUUAAUGAACAAUGCCCUUCUAAUUCCACCAUACACAUAGCACCACCUUUUUGCGACUUAAGCCGAGUCUGUGAAGCCUGGCCGAACUUUGAUUACGAUCUUUUUCAAACGUUUUCGUAGUACGUGAUCCACUUUUCAACACUAGU